AUGACGAGAGUUACAGAAACACCAUAUCAAACUGUUAAUUUGGAAGAAUAUCUGAAGGAAAAUAAUCAAGAUUUGAUGAACAAAGAUACGGUCUUAUCGACGGGAUUAAAGAGAUUAAGAGACGAUAGGUCAAUGUCAAAUGAUUCGAGUAUGUCAAACGAAAUAAAAAUCAUACAUCAUUUAGAUAUGGCCAGAUUUUCUACUGAAUCUCUGCAUAGUUUUAGCUUCGUUACAAGUGAUGCGUCAAUGCUGGAAAGUAGACAAAACAUACUUCGUCGCUCAAUAGAUUUCAUGAAGAAUAAGAUAAAGGGGUGGAAAAUCCCCGUACAACAAGCCCUAUUCUCAUCUAUGGAGGUCACAGCUGAUCAUUCAAAAGAUAUCAUACUUCCACAAGAAGCGGGCAACGAUGUUGAUUCAAGUGUUUCUCGUAAAUUUAAGCAUGCCUUAACCAAUCUCCCCUCAUUAUACACGUCUAUAAAUCCGGCUUCGGCUCUACAUUCACCAACACGUUUCACCCCUCAAAAUCAAGCUAUUAUAACAACCGAUAGUCAGAGCAACAUAUUAAAUGCCAAUGAUAUUGCUUGCUUGAUAUUUCGGUAUUCGAGAGCUGAAAUAUUAAGUAUUAAGGCAUUGGAUCUGAUUGCUAGUCCUUUUCGAGAAAAACAAGAAAAAGCGCUUGCUUCAAGACCUCAAGAUGAUCAUGAUUGUGAAGCUGUAUUGGCUUGUGUGCCCAUUAGUAUCUUGGGUAUUUUAAAAUCCGGAAAAUUUCUGUUAGGGAUUCCGAUACAAAGAAAAAAUGAAGAAACAUCUGCUGCUUCAUUGUGGCUUAAGGUUAAAAAGGAUGAAUUUGGGAAUUCCUUUUUCAUUUGGAUUUUCGAAGAAAUAAUUGAAACUACUAUGACAGUUGAAAUUGACGAAAAGGGCAUAAUUCAAAAAUCACAUGGGGACGUAAAGGCUUUAUACGGUUUUUCACCCGAAGAAAUUAUAGGGAAGUGUGUUACCACUUUAAUCCCGGCGUUGGAAACCGUUCGAUUUAACGAAGCAGAUGAUACGAAUAUUGAAGAUACAGUGGAUUUAACUACAUUAUAUACUCGAUUGGAUAUUGACAAAAUAAACAAAAUAAAAUUUUAUGGUAGCCGAUCAAAGAAUGGUGCCAAUUUUCCAAUCAUUGGAAAAAUAUCUACGCAAUCUAUUCCUGAGGAAUCCCAGCAAGAGAAUCAUUCUUCAAUCAUAUAUCGACUCAAAAUUAUUUCUAUACCUACUAUAGCAGGUGUUAUAACUACUCAUUCAACUGGGAUAAUUCAGUCAUGUAAUACUGAUUUUGUCAAGUAUCUUUUCGGUGUUGGAGCACAAGAAUUAAUCGGAAAACGUCGCAUUAAAUCAUUAUUGCCACAAUUCCCUCGAUUCAUCGAAAUUCUUUCUUCUGAACGACCUCUUGUUGAAGGAAUCGUUAUCUCUGAAAGCGCCUUUCGUCGUGCAGCUUCAAUGAUUUCUGUUCCACAAAAUGAUUUGCUUCCUUAUAACCAUCCAAAGGAUUUCUCAUCUUCUACAAUAACUGGACAAGGAUCUUCUGGUAUUAUUGCGGUGCAUAGAGAUGGUACAGAGUUAGACGUAGAUAUUCAAAUGCGUGUGGUUGAAUCGCCUGAUGAACCCUUGCAUGCUUUAUGGAUUACCUAUGAUCGUAAUGCCAAUUUCGCAAAAGAACAGAAUGAUGAUAAUGUUUAUAAGCCACUUGUUCUACCACCUGCGGAUAUACCUAGAAAAAUUAAUAACGUCAACAAUGAAAAAGCUAACGGUGAUGAGGACGAGAAAUUUCCUCUAUCGAAAUUCAUCGAAGCGGGUGGAAAACCGAUGCUUUCAGUCGGUUCAUCAUCUGUUAACGGACAAAUAUCUGUGCCACCCUUAAUAUCACCAACCCCUGAAUAUAUUGAUCCGAAUCAGUAUUCGGCAAUAACAUUGAAAAAAACUGUAAACGAUUUUAAAAUACUAGAUAAGUUAGGAGCAGGUGCAUACGGUCAGGUUAAUUUGGCAUACAAUAAGAAUGAUCCAGAACAAAAAAAAGUAGUACUUAAAUAUGUAGUGAAAUCCCAAAUUCUCGUGGAUUGUUGGACACGUGACAAAACCCUCGGAACAGUACCAUUGGAGAUUCAUAUCCUUCAUACCUUAAGACGUAUUCCUCAUCCUAAUAUUGUACAAAUGGUUGAUUACUUCGAGGAUGAUGAUUAUUACUAUAUCGAAAUGGGUUUACACGGUGUUGGCAUGGAUUUAUUUGAUUACAUCGAAUUAAACAAUGCUAUUCCCGAAUCCGAGAUAAAGUCUAUAUUCAGACAAGUUGCUCUUGCUAUUCAACAUUUGCAUCAUCACGGGAUAGUGCACCGAGAUAUUAAAGACGAGAAUGUGAUACUUGAUGAAUACGGCAAUAUACAGUUAAUUGACUUUGGUUCUAGCGCAUAUAUAAAGCCUGGUCGAAAAUAUGAUACUUUCUGCGGAACUAUCGAUUAUGCUGCACCAGAGGUCUUAACUGGAAAGAAAUAUGAUGGUCACCCACAAGAUAUUUGGGCAUUGGGUAUUUUAUUAUAUACUCUUAUCUACAAAGAGAACCCUUUUUAUAAUAUCGAUGAAAUUAUUGCCAGAGAUCUCAGAAUUCCUUACAUAUUUUCCGAGGGAUCAAUUGAUCUCAUAAAGAAGAUGCUUGACCGUGACGUCGAUAAACGUCCCAAAAUUGAUGAUGUCUUAAAUCACCCAUGGCUUCGCGAAAAUUAG